GAGGUUCUGCUAAUACUGCACCGUGCUUGCAACGCUGGGGUCCUCGUAUACCUCGUUUCUACCAAGUAGCCCCUCCCCCAUCUAUGCGUAACUUCCUGGAGACGCUUUUCUUGUUUUCCCAUGGAAAAUGGCGGCUUCUAGCCCAGAUCGCAGUUCAGAUGGGGGGGAGGCCGAACCUGGGACCGAAUCCGAACCAGAUACGGACCCCUGGACGGGAGUGGGGGCGAUCGUUAGAAGGGAGCCUACUGUUAAGCUCCUGAGUCCGGUGAGCGGCUUGGAACCGCUCUCGUGGUCCGAAGACCAUCGAAUCUCGGCCUCCAGUACCAAUAACAUUUCGCUGAUGGAGAUCGUGUGCGAUGUUCAUGGCUAUGGACAAGACCUGAUUAUCCAUCGAACAUCUAUCCCCGUGCCGGACAACAACUGUGUGUUGAAGGUUGGCCCGGAGCAGGAGGUAUUAAACCUUAAGGAGCAGUUCGCCAACUCCAAGGACCAGGCGGCGAGCCCUUGCUUCAGACUGGACCGGGCCCUGAGCCCAGGCGGGGACACCCUCCCCCAGCCCGGCGGCUUCAAGUACACCUGCUGGUCUCCGCUGGGCUGCGACACCAACGGCCGCUGCCUGCUGGCCUGCCUCACGCUCGACAACCGCCUGACCGUCCACAGCAACAGCAGCAGGCUGCAGUGGACGACGCUGGUGGACCUGACGGAGCUGUACGGGGAGAUGCUGGCGGAGAAGAACUACUGCCUGCCGGGGGCCGAGGCCCCGCGGGGCCCGCUGGAGGACCUGGGCGAGCUGCAGCGCCGCUACCACAUGCAGACGCCCGUGCGCAUGGAGUGGUCGAGCGUGUGCGCCACGCAGCAGGUGCAGACCAACAACGAGUGCAAGGACGUGGGCACGGUGCUGCUGGCCGUGCUGAUGGAGAACGGCGACGUGGUGGUCUGGCAGUUCGGCCUGCCCUUCCUGGGCCGGGAGUCGGUGGUGUCGUGCAGCACCAUCCGCUCGGGCGUGUCGGCGCCCAGCGUGCUGGCGUGGUGGGAGUACGAGCACAGCGGCCGCAAGAUGAGCGGCCUCAUCGUGGGCAGCUCGGUGGGGCCCGUCAAGAUCCUGCCCGUCAACCUGAAGGCGGUCAAGGGCUACUUCACGCUGCGGCAGCCCGUGGUGCUGUGGCAGGAGACGGACCAGAUCCCCGUGCACAACAUCAAGUGCAUCUCGCUCUUCCACCCCUACCAGAAGUGCAACUGCAGCCUGGUGGUGGCGGCCCGCGGCUCCUACCUCUUCUGGUGCCUCCUGCUCAUCUCCAAGGCCGGCCUCAACGUCCACAACUCGCACGUGACCGGCCUGCACUCCUCGCCCAUCACCUCCAUGACGGCCGGUCGCCACGGCGGCUCCGUCUUCACCUGCUCGGCCGACGGCGCGGUGAAGAAGCUCACGCCCAUCUUCACCGACGUGGCCGUCAUGUUCAAGCAGGAGGAGGUGGCCCUGCCCGAGGGCGUAGCCGGGCGCAGGACGCACGGCAUCGCCGUGAGCCCCAACGGGGCCUACCUGGCCGUGGUGACCUCCGAGGGGCUGACCAACGGCCAGCGCCCGCUCGCCCGGACUCACCAGGUCCAGUUCGUCACGCUCAAGACCCCGGACGACGCGGCGGCCGAGCUGCUGGAGUCCACCGUCCAGAACCUGUUCCGCCAGACGGACCUCCUGGACCUGGUGCGCUGGAAGGUUCUGAGGGACAAGCGCAUCCCGCCGCUGCUGCAGGAGGAGCUGGACGACAAGGUCCACACCACGGGCAACACCUACCUGUGGCGCUUCAAGCUCUUCCUGUUCCGCGUGCUCUACCAGUCCCUGCAGAAAGCGCCCGUGGAGCGACGCUGGCGCCCCUCUCACGAGGAGGUCAAGGCCUUCAUCGUGGACGAGGAGGAGGAGGAGGAGGAGGAAGGGGAGGAUGACGAGGAUGACGAGGAGCCGGUCGCCGGGGCUUCCGCCUCGGCCCCCGUAGGGCCGCAGCUGCGGGCCCCCGAGGGCGGCGGGGCCUCGGAGGACCAGAUGAGCGAGAUCAUCGCGUGGAUCGAGGCGGUGGAGUCGCACCUGACGCGCGAGCACAUGAAGAGGGUCCUGGGCCAGGUCUACCUGCACACCUGGAUCACGGAAAACACCAGCAUCCCCACCAGGGGGGUCUGCGACUUCCUGAUGAGCGAUCCCACCUACGAGGACCGGGCCGCCAGGGUCCUGAUUGGCCACAUCUUCAAGAAGAUGAACAAGCAGACUUUUCCGGAGUACUGCAGCCUGUGCAAGGAGGUGCUUCCGUUCACGGACCGCCGACAGGCGGUGUGCAGGAACGGCCACAUGUGGCUGAGGUGUGUGCUGACGUACCAGGCCUGCCAGACUCUCUCGUACCGCCGCUGCCUGCUACAGGACAGCAUAGCCAGACACCCCGUGCCCGACGACCCGGACUGGAUCAAGCAGAUCCUGCAGGGACCUUGCACCUUCUGCGACUCCCCGCUCUUCUAGUGGAGGAUCAGGGUUUGGACAGUCCGAUCCGCCCCGGGGCUCCGCGGACAUUCGAUACGCAGAGGCCGCGCCACCGCGCCUCUGGAUCAUCAAUUACACUUCACCUUUCUCAUCAUGGUUAUUGAUUUAUGUCUCCUGUCCUCGCGUAGGGAGGAAACGGCAGGUUUAACGACACCCUUUUUCCUGAAGCCGAGAGCUCUGCUGUGGGGUGAUGCUUAGGAGCUGAAGAGCUCGGGAAAUGGGAGUGCCGUCUGUGGGGCGGGGGGCAGGGUUGGGGGAAGGCUCCCGCGACCUCGCGUUUUUCCCCUUUUUCAGGAACCUCCACAAUAGCGAAGACACGCACGCGGAGAGACGCGGGGACUCGGUUUUUUUUAGUUUUGUUUUUUGUUUUGUUGCCACAUCCGUUCCGAGUUUCUGAGCGUUGUGCUUCUUUAAAACACAUUUUCCCUAAUUGGCUUUCAGAAAUUGAUGUGGAACAGACGUUUCUCCUCUUGUCACUCAAUUCCCCACACCGUAAGAACUCUCUAGACGAGGACCUCAUAUAAAUGAGGAGAGAAAGAGAGAGGGAGAGAGCAGAUUAAAAAAAAGAAAGAAAGAGCUGAACAUAUUCAGGGCCCUCCCGAGGGUCCGGUCUCCUAAUGAGAUUCUGCGGUAAUGAGGGACCGAUCCUGUGGGCAGAUGUGAGACCCGUUUUAAUUACCGGGGUUAGAGUGCACGUUGUUAAAUAUGAUUAACCCUUCUCUGAGAACACGGUCCAGGGGAGGACGGGUGAAUCCACAGAGGCCCGGUGUGCUGUUGUUACCCCCCCCCAGCCGUCUCGCCGUGACACGGAGGUUAGCGGCCCCUGAUCAAAGAUGCACUCCCAACGGCAGGCCCCUGGGGGGCCACUCGGUCGUGUCCGCCCACGCCUUGAGGCCCCCCCCCCCGACCCCGCUAACGCACCAGAUCAGAGGAGGACCGGCCCCGGGCCCCGUGUGUAAUCGCUCAGAGAGAGAGGGGCUCUGGCAGUGACCGACAGGAGCGCUGCACGGUCCAGACGUCGUCGUAAGUGACUCAGAUUUGGGUUUUGUUUCCCCCGUUCUCUCAGCUGAUGUUGUAAAGCUUCCAGCGGUAAAAUGCAGGCUGAGGAGUACUGUGAGGAGAAACUGGGCGCUGAAUUUGGCUAAUUGAUUUGAAGAGUUGCUUAAGGUUUUCUUGUAAAUGUAAUGAUAUGACUGUUUGCGGGGGGUUCCUUUGUAAAAAUGUCACGUAGAAAAGAAAAUAUUAGCAGCUGAAAGAUUCUUAUUAUAAAGGUCUGUGUGUGUAAAAUUUUUUAAUCAUGUUAAUUUUGUUUGCCUUUGGAUGAUUUAGUUGCAGAUCAUUACUGGUUUCUCAACAAAAUGGGACCUGAAAAAUAUGCAUUUAAAAAUGAUAGCAUUAAUGUCUGAGCUCCAGAACAGAAAAGAAAUGCAUGUACAGGUGCAACCACUUGUGCUGAUAAACAGUGUUCGGUUCUGUAGGAAGUAGACACUACUCGUGGAAGAAAAUGUGCUGGGAAGUUUGAUCCUUGAAGUGGGACUGCCAAACUUGUAAGCUGUAGCCAUUUCGUUUAUUUUAUGAUUAUAUUUUUUAUCAUUCACUCAUCUUGACUUAGGUCCUAUGGGUAAUUUUAUAGAAAGGAAAAAUCCCUGAAUACUAAUUGCUGAGUUGGAGAUUGUUUGUUGUGUAGGGGGUUAGACCUCUAGUGCUUAGGGCCAGACUGAUGUGAGUUUUAUAUUUUUAACUGUAUUUGUGACACCGCACCACACGGUAGCUGAUAAACUAGCCAGUAGUUUCUUUAAUGAAUUUCAAAGUGUCAAGUUACCUCAAAAAACUUAUCCAAUUUUAAAUUAGAAGAAAACUCUGCAGGAAUAUCUGAGACCCUGCUCAUGAAAUGGAUCUGAAUAAAUUUUCAAUGGGGAAAACUAGUUAGAAAAUGCAUUCAUGCAAAAGAAAUUAUCAUGACAACUGCAAAGAACGUGCAAGUUUCUUUAUUUGAUUUAUUUUACACUGCCAGAAUUGAGUGACCCAAACAAAAGACCAACAGAAAAACUACUGCAUUAUCAGCCCAAUGAGAAAGGCUGCACACAUUUACAUCGACGUAAAAACAGCGUAUCUGGUGUGACCCACCCAAUUAUUAAGUCCACCUAUUGUUUUAUUCAUUAAGUUUUUUAUGAUGUAUUAUUAUGAGUCACCCUAUAACCAAAAGUGAUGGAAGAGGGAAGCCUCAUUAACCCCAUAUUGUGUGCAGCUACCAUAUAUUGUUAAUUACUGAUUCCUAUAACCAGUUUCUAUAACAUUUCUUUCCAUGAUUCCAAAGCAGUGUGCACUCUGCUUCCGAUUGCACUUCACGAUUGUACUUGUCUAAAUACAAUACCGAUUUAGUUUAUUGCUUGGCGCACAGAAAGAAAGUCAUCACCAAUAUGUUGCCCUCAAAAUUUUUAAUAGAUUUAAAACGGUCUCUUGAUCAAAUUAUUUUGAUCAUUUGUGUGGCACAAAAGGCUCAUUGGUUGCUUCUUGCAGUUUAAUAUACCAUGUUCGUUGGCCAUGUUCACACCCCAUUCUCGAACCGUGACACCAUUUUGUUGACACGAUUUCUUUGCAAAUUACAUCAUGUAAGGUUUACCAUCUGUUCACACGUUGCCGGUUGACAGAGCGUGUCCUUUUCAAGCAGCUGGCUUGGGUGUCCUGCUCAAGAGCACACUAACUGCAUUUCACUCAGGAGGCCAAUGUCCCACAAUGCCCUGUGCCUUCCGUAGGUCUUCACUACAGUAUCUCACUAUAGGUAUGUGCAAUGGUUCGUAAACUUGAUGGACUGUCAACAAAAAAAAAACACUUCACAGUGUUGGGUGGGUAAAGCCCAACCACAGAUGUCCCCUCCCCUGUUUUAUUUCAAUACACUUACUGGUGCUGUUUUUUUUUUUGCUGGGCAUUUAAAGCUCACAGGGAUUGGGGUGAGGUUUUAAGCCCUAUUUAUUUGCAUGGUCUGUAUUAUUAUUAUUUUUUGCCUGUGUAUUUUUCUUUUUCCCUUUUGUAAAUAAACAUGUUUAUAAGUAUUUUCUACAUUAAAUGUGUGGUCCACUUUU